AAAGAGAAGAGUUAAACCAAAACAUCUUCUUCUUCAUCUUCUCCCUUCUCAAAUGGCGACGAGCAAAUGCUACUUCCCACGGCCAAGCCACCGGUUCUUCUCCACCGACCACCAACACGUCUCUUCCCCUUCCGACUUCGAGCUCGACGAGUGGGACCUCUUCAACACCGGUUCAGAUUCUGCCUCCGGUUUCGCCUUUAGUGACCUUGCAAUCACCCCCGAUCGAACCGGAGCUAACCGGAAGCCUCGCGGUGGUUCGGUUCAGGAGAAAUUCGCCGGUUCAGCUGCGUCUUCUCUCCCGGUCAACGUGCCUGACUGGUCGAAGAUCCUCGGGGAAGAGAGUCCACGUAGGCAGACUCCGGACGAGGAAGACGACGGUGCAUGCGGUGGAGAGACACGGCGGGUGCCGCCGCAUGAGCUGCUUGCGAGUCGGAGGAUGGCUUCGUUUUCGGUUCAUGAAGGUGCUGGGAGGACGUUGAAAGGGAGAGAUCUGAGUAGGGUGCGAAAUACUAUUUUCAAAAUUAGAGGGAUCGAAGAUUAAAUUGUUUUAAAAUAUUGGGGUUACUAAUGGAAUUUGUUUUUUUUUUUUAAAUGUUUUGCUUGUUUUUACUGUUGCGGCUAGUAGUGAUUAAUUAUUAUGAAGAGACUGUUAAUUUAAGAUUGUAUUGAAGUUUUGGGACAUCAAAUAUGGAAUCAACUCGGUAUUUCUUUUA